AUGGCUGGUCUGCAAAGGUCUACAAUAUCAUUUAGGAGGCAAGGUUCAUCAGGGUUGGUAUGGGAUGACAAAGUUUUGUCAGGGGACUUAGAUGAGAUGAAGCAGAAAGAAGAAGGAACAGAAGAAGUAAGGGAGUUGAGAACAAGCAAAAGUGUAAGGGCAAGCAGGACAAGAGUGGAUCAUCAAUCGGGUGCAAUGAAAUUGGAGCGUAGCCAAUCAGAGGGCGGCCGCCGGCGACGACGUGAGCACCGGACUGAAAGGGUGGUGGUACCUGUCACAGACCCACCUUCUCCUAAGGUAUCAUUUUGUGGCUUUUGUGCUGUCUUCAAAAAGCCAGAGAUUCAUAAUAAUAAUAAUCAACCUUCACUAGGUAAGCGCAAGUCCUAG